ACGAGACUACUACGCCGUGGCAUCAACUUGGUCUUUAAAUCGACAAUAACUGCCGUUAACGUUCCAAUACAACAUAGAACCCAGUCGCCGUGCAUGUUCUCUACUCUGGAUAUAAUAGGCACCUGUCUUCCGAGUACUAUUACACUUCACAGGCAGAAAACGUUCCCAGGAUGUCAACUCGACUUCGAUUAUGACGAGCUUCGAACCAGGCCUGACUGGAUCGCCAUGUGGAAGUGCCAUAACACGGUGGCCAUCUGGUGGCCAUCUUUCUCUUCAGCUUGGCGAACGGAUUGGCUGCGGCAGAUCUGCUGUUGUCUAUGCAGCGAAGGUUCUCUACGCUACGCCAGGGCAAGACGUCCUUCCCUGGACUAAAGACCCUCUCAUUGGAAACUUUCAAGCCGGACCUCUGCGUCAAGGUGGCGUGGCCGAAUCGCUGUCGUUCAUUCGCUCGGGAGGGUCGGAUGUACGAGCUCAGCUCACCGAGGGCGCGCUUCAAGGCAAAAUCACACCACGUUGCUACGGGUUCUUCACCGCCGAGCUAGACCCUGGCUUGUCGCGGUUUCUUCGGUCGAAUGAGGACUUUGACCUCGACAGAACUCCUGCCACUGGGGAUCAUGGACUCGAUGAUUCCACCUGCGACGAUCCUUUACUUGAUGGUGAUGACGACAAUGACAACAACGCCGGCUCUCUGGUGGAAGGGAGCUCUGGCCAUGGCUCAAUCAGCGCCUGAACCCAGACGCACCACUUCUGUCGACCCUCGUCAUGGCUCGUGAUGGACCGAACUACAGCGCCAGCGAGGACGAAAGGGAGGACGUGUCGCAGGUCCUCGCCUUGUUGGCAUCGUGGUUUACCAUUUAACGCGACUUCCGCCCGCUGAGCAUCAUACGCGCACCGGCUGACAUGCGGAAAUGCCGUGGACACAUUUGUGUGCACCAGCG